AUGGCAGCACACUCGCAAGCCACUGGGCAUACAGAUAUCGAAUAUAUAUCGUUGAGAAGAGGGAAAAGAGUAUUUCAAUUAGUAAAAAUGAAUGGAUAUACAUAUUCAAAAAAUACCGGAAAAUGUGGACCGGGCAACCUAUGGCUUUGUUCAAAAUACAAACGAGGAAAGUGUCCAGCAAAGUUCCGAGUUAUUGGCGAUAAAGUAAUUUAUUAUACUGUAAAUCACACACAUCAACCACCCGUACUUAAAAAAGCUUUGGAUGGCGUUUAUCAAAUAUACUGA